CGAUGAAUUAAACUUGUGAUCGGCAAACAUACCUCCCAUUUGGUAGGCAAGCCAUCUCGAGUCUUUUACUUUCCACAUCUCUCCACCAUGAAGGCCUGGUUGGUAACCGUUGCGGCUCUGGCCUCCACGGCCAUUGCGUCUCCUUCUUGCGACCGUCGCUCAACCUCAAGCUGUCGCUGCUUGCCUGGGGAUAAAUGCUGGCCCGCGGCGCCAGCUUGGGCUUCGCUGAACAGCACCGUUGGUGGUCGUCUGAUCGCCACUGUGCCCAUUGGUAGCCCUUGCCACGAUCCCAACUACGAUGCCGCUGCUUGCACGGCUCUGCGGAAUGCCUGGGAGGAGCCUGAGGUCCACCUGGAUUCCCCCACCUCGGUGAUGCAGAUGUUCUUUGCCAACGGAACCUGCGAUCCCUUCUCUGCUGAGAGCAAGGCUUGCACGCUUGGCAACUUCCCUGACUACGCUGUCAAUGUUUCCUGCAGUGCCGAUAUUGUGGCUGCCGUUAACUUUGCCCGUGACAACAACAUCCGCUUUGUGAUUAAGAACACUGGUCAUGACUACCUGGGCCGUUCCACUGGUGCCGGUGCUCUCUCUGUCUGGACCCACCACCUCACUGAUAUUGAAUACACCGAAUGGUCGGACUCGACCUACUCUGGUCCCGCCUUCAAGAUCGGUGCCGGUGUGGUCGGUUACCAGAUCCUCGAGGCUGCUACUGCCAAGGGUCUUGUUGUAGUCACUGGUGAAUGCCCUACUGUCGGUCUUGCUGGUGGUUACACCCAGGGUGGUGGUCACUCUGCCCUGAGCACCGAAUUCGGUCUCGGUGCUGAUCAGACCUUGGCAUUCCAGGUUGUCACCGCCGCUGGUAAGGUCGUCACUGCUUCGCGCAGCCAGAACUCUGAUCUGUACUGGGCUCUCAGCGGUGGUGGUGCCGGUAACUAUGGUGUUGUCGUCUCGAUGACCGUCAAGGCUCACCAGGAUGCCACCGUCUCCGGUGCUGCUCUUCAGUUCACUGCCGCCAACAUCACCGCCGACACCUUCUUCGAGGCUGUCGCUCAGUUCCACCAGCUGUUGCCUGCCAUGAUUGACCAGGGUGUGACUGUCAUCUACGAGAUGACCAACACCGUCUUCAUCAUCAACCCCGUGACCGCCUACAACAAGACCUCCGCUGAUGUCAAGGCUAUCCUGACUCCCUUUACUGAUGCUCUUACCAACCUCGGCAUCACCUACGCCCUUGGCCUGACCCAGUACACCUCGUACUAUGACCACUACCAGAAGUACAUGGGUCCUCUGCCCUGGGGUAACCUGGCCGUUACUACUUACCAGUACGGCGGCCGUCUGAUCCCCCGUGACACCCUGGUGAACAACUACGAGGGCAUGAGCGCUGCCCUGCGAAACAUCACCGAGUCCGGUGUCAUCGCCGUCGGUGUCGGCAUGAACGUCACCAACCCCGGCAACGUCAAGAAUGCCGUCUUCCCCGCCCUCCGCAACGCCGCCGUGACCAUGCAGAUCGGCACUGCCUGGAACGAGACCGCCCCUUGGCCCGACAUGGUCGCUGAGCAGUGGAAGAUCACCAACGAGUACGUCCCCCAGUUGGAGGCCGUCACCCCCAACAGCGGCUGCUACCAGAACGAGGGUAACUUCCGCCAGCUCAACUGGCAGGAUACCUUCUUCGGCAACAACUACAGCCCUCUACUCAGCGUGAAGAACAAGUGGGACCCCAACUCGUUCUUCUAUGCUCUUAAGGCUGUCGGCAGUGAUGCUUGGACUGUGUCCAAUUCUGGCCGCAUGUGCCGUGCUUAAAUUAAAAAUGUUGAGAUGCAAGGUGAAGUUGUAUAAUAUUGUUGUGGAGCGACUUUAUAAUGUCUCUAUGGAGAUGUAUGUUGAGAGCGUUUGAUGGAAUAUAGAUUAGAUUCCUUUUUGUAUAACGAAUAGAUGUGAAUACUAAUUCAGAUGUACCAAAAUACUUG